AUGGAGGUUGAGCAUGGUUGGGAGAUCUGUUUCCCAGAAUUUCCCAAUAUCUCCUGCUGGAUGCCAGCAUCUACUUGGCCUGAAACAUUGUUCAUUGACAUUGCACUGUACUCCAUCUCUGUUCUCACUGCGGUCCUCAACCUGCUCAUCAUCAUCUCAGUCUCCCACUUCAGGCAGCUCCACACACCCACCAACAUCCUCCUCCUCUCUCUGGCUGUCUCAGAUUUUCUUGUGGGCCUCCUGGUGAUGCCAGUAGAUGCACUACAAAGAACACAUUGCUGGUUGUUUGGUGACCUUGUGUGUUCUCUUUAUGUGUUUGUUUCCUAUAUCACUUUCUCUGCUUCAGUCGUAAACAUGGUACUCAUAUCAGUUGACCGCUAUUUGGCUAUUUGUGACCCUUUGCAUUACACCACCAGAAUCACUGUGAAUAGAGUUAAAGUCUGUGUUUGUCUCUUAUGGUUUUGUACAGUUGUCUACAAUAGUUAUUACUUUAAUUUACAUCUUAAUCAACAAAAAGAAAACACUGAUUACUGCUAUGGAGAUUGUACAGGUGUAUUUGAUAACACUGCCGCUGAUCUUCAGCUUCUUUUAGACUUUAUUGUUCCUGUUACUGUCAUCAUAGUUUUAUAUAUGAGAGUAUUUGUUGUGGCUGUGUCUCAAGCUCGUGCCAUGCGCUCUCACAUUACAGCUGUCACAAAGAAGAUUUCAGUGACUAAAGCAGCAAAGAAAUCUGAGCUGAAAGCAGCCAGGACUCUUGGUGUUUUGGUAAUUGUGUUUCUAAUGUGUUUCACGCCAACUUACUUUGUAACUAUGGGAGGAUAUGAAUUCAUGAGUCAUUCAACUGCAUACUUUAUUGCAUAUCUGUACUUUUUUAACUCUUGUUUAAACCCUGUGAUUUAUGCCUUGUUUUAUCCCUGGUUCAGAAGAACAGUUAAACAUAUUGUUACUCUUCAGAUACUGCAGCCUGGCUCCUGUGAGGCCAACAUACUGUAGAGAAGCUGUGGAAGGAUGAGGAAAGGAAAUUGGUGAGAAAAAAAAAGUAUUUCUGUGUUUUCCCUCCCUGCUGAUUUUCAUACAAAAGGACGUAGAAGUCAAAUGAUAAAAUGUUGUUCAAACUGAAAACUAAACAAUGUGAUGAUAUCUCCAAUAUGAGGUCUCUGUAAUCUAACAGGUGUGACAAAAGGUUGGUGAAGAUAAAUUAAUAAAUCACAAAGUUUUGUAUCUCCCAUUUCAUGAUUUAUUCAAAUGUGUAAAAUACCUGACAUUUGACCCAGUUCAAACCUUUAAAACAUCUGAAUAAUCUGCUCAUCUAUCAGAAAAGCUCUUUAUCUGUAGAAGGGCAUGAAGUCAAGCGAACUGUUGACUCCUUGUUGACUAUUCUCUCUCUCUGCAGGUCUGUCUGAUAAGAGUAACAUCUUUGGUGUGUUUGUGACAGUGAACAUCUCAGUCAGGAGAUAUCCAUUUCUGAUGCUGUUUAUUAAGCUUCACAGAUCUUCUUCCUGCGUGGGAUCUGCAAAUGUUUCUUUGAGUGUAUCACAGCCUGUCUCGGCUGCACAACUUAUUCAAAAGAACAAGUUAUAAACAUUAUUCCCAAAUAUGGUUUCUGUCAUCUAAGGAAUUUAUAUUAGGAUGCACCAAAAUUUUGGGUGAUAUUGAUAACCGAUAUUAACAUGCAAUUACGGCAGAUAACCAGUAUUUACAGAUGUCGAUACGAGAAGUAUAAAAAUACUUUCUAUGAUACUCAUACUUUGUACAUACUGUAAAUUUGAAAAAUAAAUUUGCCAAUAUUAAUGGCAAACAGACAGACAUACAGACAUAUUCAACACAUUAUCAAACUUAAGAAUAUUUAACAGAUAGUGUAGUCUGAACUUACACAUUCUGAUGUUCUCUAAAGCAGUAGUU